AGUUCCCACUAUGUCGCGGUUGUUUGUGUCUCACCGCCUCUGUCCCUCAUGUCCUCGCCUCCUGUCCUCGCGGUCCCUGUCACUGUGGACGAGGCUGACGCAGCAGCAGCAGAGGAAGGUUUUCUCCCAGCAGCACAGACCCCUGAACCCGGCGUCGGCCCCACACAGGCGGGGGUCCAGGCUGUGGCUGUGGGGGGUCGGUGUGGGGCUAGCUGUAGCCGUGGGGCUGAAACACCGCUGGGGGGGCGAUGAGGCCGCAGCCGCAGACAGGACGGAUCGAUACAGAGCUGCGGUGUCGGUGAGCAGAGAACUGCUGCACAGGAUCCAGGUAGGAACAGAGGCUGAGGUCGGGGCUCCGGGGCUGGUGGUCGGGGUCUCUGUGGACGGUGCUCGGGUCUGGGCUGAGGGGAUUGGUUUUGCUGAUUUGGAGAACCGUGUGCCGUGCAGCCCAGAGACAGUGAUGCGAAUCGCCAGCAUCAGUAAACCGCUCACAUCUGCAGCUGCUGCACGACUCUGCGAGGAAGGGAAACUGGAUCUCGAUGUCCCCGUCCAGGAAUAUGUCCCCGAAUUUCCCCAGAAAGAAUUUGAGGGACAGGAUGUGACGAUAACCCCUCGUUUGAUCCUGUCCCACCUGAGCGGUAUCCGACAUUAUGAGAGGGAUGCGAAAAAGGUAAAAGAGGACAGGGAGAAAGCGAAACGCCUUCUGAAGCCACAGCUUGAAGAGGAUGAAAAGAGCUCAUCUGAAAGCAAAGACAAAGACACUAAAGAGAAAGAAGCCACUAAGGCUCAGAAGAAGAAAGAGUUUGAGCAGGAAGAGUACUACUUGAAGGACAACUUUGAAAGUGUCACUCAGGCUUUGGAGCUCUUCAAGAACGACCCGCUCAUUUUCAAACCCGGCACCACUUUCUUGUACUCCACCCACGCCUUUUCUCUGCUCAGUGCUGUAAUGGAGCGAGCUGCCGGCCAGCACUUCCUGGACCUCAUGAUGAACAUGUUCCGGGAGCUGGGGAUGCUCAAUACUGUGCCUGAUGAGAAUGGCCCUAUCAUUUAUCACCGCUCCAGAUAUUAUCAUGUCAACAAGAGAGGACGUGUGGUGAACUGCCAGUAUGUGGACAACUCCUACAAGUGGGCAGGAGGCGGCUUCCUCUCCACGGUGGGAGACCUGCUGCUGUUCGGUAACGCUCUGCUCUACAGCUACCAGGUGGCCCACCUUCAGGACACAGAGGGCUUGUUGCCAGGCUUCCUUAAACCCCAAACCGCCAUAGAUCUGUGGGCGCCAGUUGACAGGACAGAGGCCAGCUGGGAUAAGGAUGGCUUGUAUGCCCAGGGCUGGCUGGUCGUGGAGAAACUGCAGAAAUAUGGCCAGUGCAGGAGGCGCAGGCACUACGUGUCGCACACAGGUGGCGCUGUGGGGGCAAGCAGCGUCCUCCUGGUGUUACCCAGAGAGGAGGAAGAGCAGGAUCAGGGACAGAGCUGUCUGCUCCCACAGGGGGUGGUGGUCACCAUCAUCACUAACAUGCAGUCUGUGGGACUCAACGGCACGGCACUGAAAAUUGCACACGAGUUUGACAGAGCCAGACGCCUGUGAGAGUAAGUUGUUCACAGAGAAGUAGGAGGUCACAUUUCACAGACAAGCAUUUCAGAUGAACCUUGUAAAUGGUAAACAGUUCGUUUUUAAAUAGCACUUCUCUAGUCGUGAUGACCACUCACAGCGCUGCACAGCACAGUUUGCCUUUCACCUGUUCACACACACAUUCAUACAGUGGAUCUGUUGGUAGCAUUUUUUUUUCUACGAGGGCCAAUUCAGCAUCUUGCCCAAGGACACUUCAGCAUGCAGCUGGGGAAGACUGGGAUCAAACUGCCGACCUGGUUGGAGGACCCUCAGCCACAGCCACCCACAAUGAUGAUAAUCUUGUGUCAUUUUGAUAGAGCUUGUUUUUAGUGCCAAAGUCUUAGAAAACUAAAUUUUGUAUUUAUACAGAUUUGAUACAUUGCAAAGUUAACACUUGUUCACUAACAACACACAGCACAGGGGCCGUUCUACCACUAGGUGGAGGCAAUUUCCUGCAUGUCUUACACAAACAAGCCAAUGACCUUUGAUACCAGAUCUUGGUUUCAUAAACGAAGGAAUUCAUUCCACAUUUAAAAACUACCUGAAAUAUCCAUCUCAAUCGAUCCAUUUCAAACAAUACAUUUGAUAGAAAUGCACAAUAAAAAAGACUAAGUUUGCCAUUUAAAAAAACAUGCUAUGGCUCUUAAGUUUGUAUUUAACUGAGUUUAUACCCAGAUAUUUUCUCAUGACAUCUUGACAUACUUUGAUGAAAACGCUAUUGUGUAUUGACCUACUGUAUCUCUUGAAUAGUCAAGAACAUAAGGGGAUAUUAACAACUUUUGAUAACAACUUUAUACGCUUCCGAUAAAUUUACUCACGCCUCAAGUAAAAUCCUGACUUUUCUUUGAAUAAAAAUGCCUGAAUGAGGAUCAGCA